AAAACCCUCAGCUACCCUCUGCGUCUACCCUCUGCAGUACUUUGCCCUUUCCUCUCACCCUGCGCGUCGUCUUGCGGAUCUACCCUCCUUGCUCUAGCAGUCGCUGCACUGGUUUUGGGAGUGCUCAAAGGGAAGCAAGGGAAGGAAGACGAGAAGAAGGGUUGCUACAGCUGUUUGCGGUGCCAUCAUUACGGAGAGUGUUAUAUAUUAGCCCUCGGAUUGGAGAUCUGAUUCACUCUCACACCUCCCUCUUACCCCACAUUCAAUUACGACCGACCAUCGUCCCGCCCUUUCCUCUUCCCCUCUCUUUCUCUAACCCUCACCAGAUGACGACCUUCUACAACUCCUACAAACCCCAGGUGCUGUCGCGCACCGAAGGCUUUCACCUGCCAUCCCCAGCACCGUCCACCCCGCCCUCCACCUCCUCCGACCCGUCCAACAACCAAGCGUCCAGCAGCUCCCCAACCACCACUACCUCCUUCGACGCACACAACCUUUUCCUCUCGCCCCCAAGCUAUCUCAGUGUACCCGAAACUUUUCGCAAGUUUCCCGCUUCGGGCGAUCACAUCGGCUCAGGAGGAAGCAACAUGGACUUUAGCGAAGAGCUGGCCAGUCUGAUGGUCCAUCCCAGCACAAACAACUCAAGCAACACAAGCCACGAACGAUCGACACAGAGUCCGGGGAGCUAUGAUGAUUACAGGGCGGCGCAUACACACAACAUCUUUGAUAUCUCUGCCCCUACCACUCAUCACCAACAGCAACAGCAUCAUCCUUCUCACUCCCAUCACUCGUCCCAUCAUCCUCAUCAUGCCCAUUCUCAGUCUUAUGGCUCCAGCUCCAGCUUUGGCGUCGGCCCCGGUGGAAGUGCGACCAGUCCCUUGCACGACUUUAGCUCACAUUCGCAUUUCAACUCCACCGUACCGGCUAUCGGCAGUAGCAUGCGCUACGAGCCUCCUCCUCAAUCUCCCUUCAACCUCAACCCAAACGCUCCCACCACUGCAGGCGGCGAACCAUCAAGCGUCUCCUCGUUUUCGUCUCACAUCAGCACCCUCUCCUCUUUCAGCGGUCUCUCCAACACCACAACCACAACCACCCCAUCAUCAGAAUACCAUCCCCAUCAAUACUCUCACUCGCAUCAACAACCACAACGUCAGACCCCCAGUCCGAUCUCCACUGAACUCUCGAGAAGUCGCUCGAGAAGUCGGUCUCAGGUGGGCGUUAAUGGUGUAAAUGGGGUUAAUGGAGAACCGCCUAGUACGAAUGGUGGACCCGCGAGGAGGACAAGAGCAAAGCGAGGGAGCGUCAGCUCCGUCAGUCCCCCGCCAUUGCAUCGCGGGGCACAACCGUUAGUUAUACCAGGUACUAGUGCACAUGGUAGAGGCCCAGCAAGUCCUUUAAGCCUACACACAAACGGCUGGGGCUUCCUCGGCAACGGCACAGGUCCUGGUUCAGCAUCAGGUAACGCACCUAAUGGUGUUGCGAAUGGCGAGUUUAGCUUGCCGACGCCAGAAAGUGUUCAUGGCGGCUUCCCGGCUUUCAACGGCGCUCUUCCCUCGCCUAUUGCUGGGUUGGCUGGGUCGAUAGGUUUGGGCGGGAUCAACGUUGGCAGCCUUCCUUCGAACGGCGCUGGUGCGAAUGGCACCACGGGUAAAGGGGAUGGUAACGAUGUCGCCAGUAAACAAGCCCUCCUCGCCAACGAAAAACGUCGUCGGAGACGAGAAUCUCAUAAUGCGGUUGAACGGCGUAGACGGGAUAAUAUCAAUGAGAAGAUCAGUGAACUUGCUACGCUGAUACCUGAACACCUUCUUGAUCCUGCUGCUUCUACGUCGUCUCCUACUGCGUUGAACCCUGAUGAUGUCCUUGGUGGGAGUCCGGGGUUGGAUGAGGAUGAGAAGGAGGUGAAGGAUAAGGAGGGGAAGGAGAGCAAGGAAAGUAAAGAGAGUAGGGAGGGGAAGGAGAAGGAUGGGGCUGCUGGUGUUAAAGCGAAUAAGGGGAUGAUUUUGAGGAAGAGCGUUGAGUAUAUUCGGUAUUUGCAACAACUGGUUUCGGCGCAAGCGACGAGGAACCGGGAUCUUGAACAACAACUUCAGGCGUUCAAGUCCGGGUCUCCCCCUUCGUCUUCUACAACCGAAGACUUGGCUGCCACAGACGACGCAUUCAACAUCCUCCCUUCCUCUUCUCCCACCACCCCCUCCACCGCCACCGCCAUCACCGCUGUCAAUACUUCUGCCACUUGCAAUUCCUCGUCCUCUCCCCUCUCAUCCUCCUCAUCCUCCACUCCAACCACCAACACCAAAAGGAGAAGUAAAGCCUACACCGGGUUUGACCAGACCACGCUAGAAAGCGUCGUGGAGAUGGAUACAGAAGAUGAUCACCACCACGGCACUCAUGCCCAUGCGAAUACGAGGGAUGAGGAUGAGGAGAUGGAUUUGAUGAUGGAGGGGACUAGUCCGUCUGUUGGGGAUGGGGAUGGGGACGAGGAUGAUAAUGAUGGGUUGGGUUUGGGGUUGGGGUUGGGUGGUACCGGGGAGGAGGAGGAGAGGGGACGGAAGGGGCGGCCGCUGAAUGGUGUUGGUGGGAGUGUUAAUGGGAUUAAUGGGAUGGGCGUGGGUGGUGUGAGUGGGAGUGGGAAGGUCAAGGUUAAGGAGGAGGGUGGGGAUAUGGAGACUUCAUGAGACGGAUUUUCGUUCGCCUUUUCCUUUGGCUGGACGCAAAAACGACAUCUCGGCACCUUCACCGUCGGCUCUAUCCCUGGUAUUGUCUCCGUCUACCAUUCGUCUCGUCUCCCCCAUCCAAAACACGUCGUCCUCGUUCUAUCUAAUGACUCCUGCUGCUGCGCCACGAUGCUCUGAAACGCAAAACGCCAUCUACAUGUCGUCUUGCGUUGUUGAUAUACUAAUAUAUUGUUUCUUUUUGUGCUCGUUUUUCUUGUCUAUCGGUCUCUGCUCUUUUUCUCUAUCUCUCUAUUUCUCCGUCUCCUUUUCUCUAUCCUUUUCCCUCUUCUUCUUACGUCUUUCCUCGCAUACCUCCGACCCUCGUCAUCUUCCGACACUAGCACGUACGUACGUGGCUCUAUGGCUCUAUGGCUCUAUAGCGGUAUUCUCUCUCUCUCACUCAUAUCUCUCUCAAUUCAAAUCAAUCCAAUCCAAUCUACACUGUUUUUCUUAAAUCACUACUUCUUGGGUUGGCUUCCAUCUCACUGUUCAUCGGUUCACUUCCAUUUGCCGUUCUAUAUGGUCCCCGGCUGCUUCAUCCUACCUCCUCCGUACCUCUGCCCAUUCGUGUAUCGUGUAACAGUAAAAGAAGUCUGAAAGGGCCGGUUUCAAGUUUUUUUCCCCCCCCUCUGUGUAUAAAUACUACGGCUAGUCGUU